CGGGAGGCGGGAGGCGGGACCUGGGCCCGGGCGGGGACGCCGCGGCGGGGAGGCCAUGGCGGGGCCCGGGCGCUGGGGUCCCCUGCUCCUGUGCCUGCUGCAGGCCGCUCCAGGGAGACCCCGCCUGGCCCCUCCCCAGAAUGUGACUCUGCUCUCCCAGAACUUCAGCGUGUACCUGACGUGGCUCCCAGGGCUUGGCAACCCCCAGAAUGUGACCUAUGUUGUGGCCUAUCAGAGCUCUCCCACCCCUGGAUGGUGGCGCAAAGUUGACAAGUGUGCAGGAACCAAGGAGCUGGUGUGUUCUCUGAUGUGCCUGAAGAAACAGGACCUGUACAACAAGUUCAAAGGGCGCGUGCAGACAGUUUCUCCCAGCUCCAAGUCCCCCUGGGUGGAGUCCAAAUACCUGGAUUACCUUUUUGAAGUGGAGCCGGCCCCACCUCUCCUGGUGCUCACCCAGACGGAGGAGAUCCUGAGUGUCAAUGCCACCUACCAGCUGCCCCCCUGCAUGCCCCUACUGGAUCUGAAGUAUGAGGUGGCAUUCUGGAAGGAAGAGGCCAGAAACAAGACCCUAUUUCCAGUCACUCCCCAUGGCCAGCCAGUCCAGAUCACCCUCCAGCCAGCCGCCGGCGAACGCCACUGCGUAAGUGCCAGAACCAUCUACACCUUCAGUGUCCCGAAAUACAGCGAAUUCUCUCAGCCCGCCUGCUUCUUGCUGGAGGUCCCAGAAACCAACUGGGUUAUCCUGGUGCUGCCAUCACUUCUGCUACUGCUGUUAGCAAUUGCAACAGGGGGUGUGAUCUGGAAGAGCCUCGUGGGGAAUCCCUGGUUUCAGCGGGCAAAGAUGCCACGCGCCCUGGACUUUUCUGGACACACACACCCUGUGACAACCUUUCAGCCCAGCAGACCAGAAUCCCUGAAUGACUUGCUCCUCUGUCCCCAAAAGGAACUGACCAGAGGGGUCAGGCCCACGCCUAGAUUCAGGGCCCCAGCCACCCAGCAAGCAGGACGGACGAAGGCACAUGCAGAAGAAGAGGAGGAAGAGGAGGAGGACAUGGAAGAUGGCGUCAGCUUCCAGCCCUACAUUGAACCACCCUCUUUCCUGGGGCAACAGCACCAGGUUCCAGAGCACUCAGGGGCAGGUGAGGUGGACUCAGGGAGGCCCAGGGCUCCUCUGGACUCAGGCGAAGGCUCUUCUGUUUGGGAUUCUUCAGACAGAAGCUGGGCCAGCACUAUGGACUCCUCCUGGGGCAGGACUGGGUCUUCUGGCUAUUUAUCUGAAAAGGGGCCAGGCCAAGGGUCAGGUGGGGACGGGCACCAAGCGCCUCUCCCAUCGCUUGAAUUCUCCAAGGACUCGGGUUUCCUGGAAGAGCUCCCAAAAGACGACCUCUCCUCUUGGGCCACCUGGGGCACCUUACCACCAGCGCCAAAUCUGGUCUCUGGGGAGCUCCCAGUUUCUCUUCGGACACUGACCGUCUGCUGGGACAGCAGCCCUGAGGAGGAAGAUGAAGAAGAGGAGGCGAGGGAAUCAGAAAUUGAGGACAGCGGUCCAGGCGGCUGGGGGGCUGAGAGCACCCAGAGGACUGAGGAGAAGACACUGGGGCAUUACAUGGCCAGGUGACUGUCCCUGCCUGAGGGCAGUGAUGCAUCCUCAGCUAACCUGCACCCACCUGAAUACAGCGGUGAUGCAUCCUCAGCUAACCUGCACCCACCUGAAUACAGCGGUGAUGCAUCCUCAGCUAACCUGCACCCACCUGAAUACAGCGGUGAUGCAUCCUCAGCUAACCUGCACCCACCUGAAUACAGCGGUGAUGCAUCCUCAGCUAACCUGCACCCACCUGAAUACAGCGGUGAUGCAUCCUCAGCUAACCUGCACCCACCUGAAUACAGCGGUGAUGCAUCCUCAGCUAACCUGCACCCACCUGAAUACAGCGGUGAUGCAUCCUCAGCUAACCUGCACCCACCUGAAUACAGCGUGAGGCAUCCUCAGCUAACCUGCACCCACCUGAAUACAGCGGUGAUGCAUCCUCAGCUAACCUGCACCCACCUGAAUACAGCGGUGAUGCAUCCUCAGCUAACCUGCACCCACCUGAAUACAGCGGUGAUGCAUCCUCAGCUAACCUGCACCCACCUGAAUACAGCGGUGAUGCAUCCUCAGCUAACCUGCACCCACCUGAAUACAGCGGUGAUGCAUCCUCAGCUAACCUACACCCACCUGAAUACAAAUGAGCAUGGCUGAGUUUUCGCCCUUAGGACCAAAGUGUUUUGUGGUGGGGAAUCUGAACGACCUUGGCUCUGUGGCCAUUCAACCUGCCAGGACUAACGUCUCUGGAUUUGUGAAGAAGGGAUCUUCAAAGCCACUGAAGCCGCAGAGCUGUGUUGUUUUAAAGCCGCCACAAGUGUACAGCAUUAAAUGGCAGAACUGGAAAAGCUUCUUAGGGCAUCUUAUCCAGGGCUCAAACCAUGUGCCCCAAAGGCCUUGGUGGCAGUUGCAGGUGGUGCUGCGGGGUUCUAGGAGCCUCGCCACUGUCACCAGAGCAGCCUCACUGUGCCCUGAUUUACAUACUGCGGCUUUCCACGUGAGGUUUUGUUUAGAGAGGUUCCACCGCCCCAAAAAAAGUUAGCAAACCAGUUUUUGAAUCAAACACCUAUCUUGUUUCAAAGGAGCUGAGGUCAAGAGUGGCAAAGGCACUUACCCAAGUCACCCAGCAGUGCUGCUCUGAUGACUUACUGUGCACAUCUCCAAAGGAGAAAGCUUCGAUCUCUGCACAGCCAGGCCAACCUCUGACCCCUUGGCCAUGUCAAUAAAAUAUGAAGGUCACAGCCACGAUUUCUAAGGGUCAGGAGGCCUUCACCCCGGCUGGGACUGACGGAUGGACAAACACACACACACCUGUGUCUCCCCAGGGGUUUUCCCUGCAGUGAGGCUUGUCCACAUCAUUGAGCCCAGGAGAGGAAAAACAAACGAACCUCGGAGCUGGGGAUGGCUGUGGCUCAGGGCCAGCUCCUAGGGAAAUUCCCAGACCUGUACUGAUGUUCUCUGGAACGCAGCCAGGCUGCUUCGUGGAAGUAAUUUCAAAAAAGGAAAAGCUACCAUCGGCAUCAUCUUAGGCUUGGAUGAAAUAACCACUCUGUUUCUAUUCUUAAACCUUACUAUUUGUUUGGUUUUUUUGAGUCAGAGUUUUGUUCUUGUUACCCAGGCUGGAGUGCAGUGGCAUGGUCUCUGCUCACUGCAACCUCCGCUUCCUGGAUUCAAGUGAUUCUCCUAUCUCAGCCUCCCAAGUAGCUGUGAUUACAGGUGCACAUCAUCACACCUGGCUAAUUUUUUUUGUAUUUUUAGUGGAGACAGGGUUUUACCACGUUGGCCAGGCUGAUCUCGAACUCCUGACCUCAGGCGAGCCACCCACCUUGGCCUCCCAAAGUGCUGGGAUUACAGGUGUGAGCCACCGUGCCUGACCAAACCUUACUAUUUUUUUUUUAAAGAAUUAUUUCCAGAUUUUAAUUUCCGACAUAGAUUGAGCUUUCUAGUAACUGUCAAUUCCAUCUCCUUUAUUGUCAUUCAGUCAUUCACAAAAAGCCAUGAGAAGCAUUAGGUAAGGGCAUGAAAAUCAGUAUAAUACUUUGCCUUGAGUGCUCAGCACGUAAGUGUUAUGAAGCUCUCACGUGCACAGCAGGUGGCAGCUGCGUGGUGUGGGCUGGGCCCGCACUGGAGAGACAUCCGGUGAAAACGUAGGACUAGCAGUGUAGGUUGUUCUUACGUAUUUGUAUUUAUUUCUAUUUUUCUAUGUUUAUAUCCUAUUCAAAUGAUAUCCUAAUGCUUGUUGGUAUUACCCUAAAGUGUUUAAAUAAAGAGCUCUAUUUUUAGAGAAAAAGGGAUAA